AUGCACCAGCGUGUCGAAAAAGACUUACAACAGCCCGUUGCUUCAAAGGUCAAUUCAAAACAGAAUGAACACACUCUGCCAGAAAGGGCACAUGAAGAGACGUCACCUAAACCCCUAACACCGGUUCGACCGAAUACUCCAGGACCUGACCCAGAACGCGAAGCGAUGGGUGGUUGGAUGGCGGGCUUUGUAAAUUAUGGUCAGAACAUCAUCUGUGAAAGAUACAAGCGCGAUAUCAAUGCGGCCAACAGGCAAUACGAAAAAUACAAGCGUGCUAUCGAAACAGCUCUGCAAAAGAACGACGAAUAA